CUAAAAUGGAUCCGCUACUGUUACAGGUGCUAGCGGCGAAGCAAAUACCGUCAAUUGGCGACGAUGCCAUGCUUCUUCAGGAAUCAAUGGUAGAAUUGAUAAACUCAAAUCCGAAAGCAGGGUGGAAGGCUGCUUUGCCUUCCCGCUUCUCGAAUUACACUAUUGGCCAAUUCAAAUACAUGUUGGGAAUGAAAAAAAUACCCAAAGAUGCAUCACUUUCCUUUCCUGUUGGAUCUCAUGUUGCAAACUCAAAUUUGCCGGCGCAAUUCGAUGCACGAACAGCAUGGCCGCAGUGUAGCUCAAUCGGACGAAUUCUUGACCAGGGUCAUUGUGGUUCGUGUUGGGCAUUCGGUGCAGUCGAAUGUCUCACAGACCGCUUCUGUAUUCAGCUUGAUGUGACCAUUUCACUGUCAGUUAACGAUAUUCUUUCUUGCUGUGGGUCUUCGUGUGGAGAUGGCUGUAAAGGAGGUUGGCUAAUCAAUGCUUGGCAAUACUUUGUCCAAAAUGGUGUUGUCACAGAAGAGUGUGAUCCAUACUUCGAUCCAGUUGGAUGCCGUCAUCCUGGCUGUACAGAAGUAUGGCAAACUCCACAGUGUGUUCAAAAGUGCAAAUCGGAGAAUCAAGUUUGGAGUGAUCAAAAGCACUUUGGUGUGAGUGCUUUCAACAUCCAAUCAGACCCACAAAGCAUUAUGGCAGAGAUCUAUACAAAUGGUCCGGUGGAGGCGGGAUUCGCUAUUUAUCAGGACUUCCCUCUCUAUGAGUCCGGUGUUUACAAACACGUUUCUGGUAAGCUCAUCGGCCACCAUGCGGUGAAGUUAAUCGGAUGGGGAACCACAGAAGAAGGGGAAGAUUACUGGCUUGCUGCAAACUCAUGGAACUCAGGAUGGGGAGAUAAUGGAUUCUUCAAAAUCAAGAGGGGAACGAAUGAGUGUGAGUUCGAGGAGAAUGUGGUUGCAGGAAUGCCGUCACCAAAGAACCUAAACUCAGCCUUGUCUGGAGGACGUGAAUGAUAUAGAGUCACAGUUUUGUUUCUGCAUUCUUCUUGCUUUAUUAGAAGUGAACAAGCAGUGUAUUUCUUACAACUACAACAGAAAGAUGAAAUAAAGAAGCCUCUAUCUUCAUCA